AUGUCUGUCGCUGACUAUGAUGCGCUUUCCCCAGUCUUGGACCUUGGGCACCAGUCCACCAUGACCUUUCUACGGAACGAGCCUUAUCUCGCACGAGUCCACGUUGCUGCCAUAACUGACGCAGAGACACUGAACGUCCUACCACAUUGGCACGACAAAUACGACGAGCUCUUCCGCGUCAUCAAAGGGCGCUUACGCGUGAGGAUCGGGGACGUCACUCGUGAUUAUACUGCAGAGGACGGAGAGAUUCUCAUUCCCAGAGGCACGAUCCACAGCCUCCAUGGAUUUAAGGGAGAGGAGACUAUUUUUGAGGAACGGACUGACCCUAUGGACGGGGAAAAAGAGCUCUUCUUUCGAAAUCUGUUGGAGGAUGGAAAGACUCCUACAAGUCUCCUUCAAGUCCUGGUAGUUGGGUAUCAAGGCGAUAUGUAUAUUCCGCUCCCUGGCCAUAUUAAAUGGUUGGAGAAGGCUUUUGUUAUAAUUUUUGGAGGAUACAUUGCACCUUUGUUUGGAUAUAAAAACAGGUAUAGCAGCUAUAAAGUCAAGGGGGUUUGA